AUACUGGCGGGGGGAGGGGUGGGGUUUAGAGGAAGCGGAAGUGUCAGAGCAGGCGGAAGUGGUACUGCCCUGAAUACUCUGAGCAUCGAGCGGAGGACGGCUUGAUUAACUCCCAUCGUUCAGAGAAUAAAAUCGGGAUUCCUAUUACGCUUUAAAUCCUAAAAAUGGAUAAGAACGACCUGGUGCAGAAAGCCAAGCUCGCAGAGCAGGCUGAGCGCUAUGACGACAUGGCGGCUGCCAUGAAGGCCGUGACAGAGCAGGGCCUGGAGCUCAGCAAUGAGGAGCGCAAUCUGCUCUCUGUUGCUUACAAGAACGUGGUGGGGGCCCGUCGUUCAUCCUGGCGCGUCAUCUCCAGCAUCGAGCAGAAGACGGAGGGGAACGAGAAGAAACAGCAGAUGGCACGUGAAUAUCGUGUGAAGAUCGAGUCUGAACUCCAAGAAAUCUGCCAGGACGUGCUGAAUCUGCUCAGCGAUUUCCUCAUUCCCAAAGCAACUCAGGCGGAGAGCAAGGUGUUCUACCUCAAAAUGAAAGGAGACUACUACAGAUACCUGUCAGAGGUGGCCUCUGGAGACUCAAAGAAGGACACGGUGGAGAACUCUCAGCAGGCUUACCAGGACGCCUUCAACAUCAGCAAGAAGGACAUGCAGCCAACACACCCCAUCCGGCUGGGCCUGGCCCUCAACUUCUCCGUCUUCUACUACGAAAUCCUCAACUCGCCUGAGCAGGCCUGCUCUCUGGCCAAGCAGGCCUUCGACGAGGCGAUCGCCGAGCUCGACACCUUGAACGAGGACUCGUACAAAGACAGCACGCUGAUCAUGCAGCUACUAAGGGACAACCUGACUCUGUGGACAUCAGAAAACCAGGGUGACGAGGGCGAAACCGGCGAUGGAGAGAACUAGAGCGCACUUCACUGUUAACCCAUCCCCACUCUCUUCCUCCUCCUCCUCCUUUUAUCUUUCUUCCUCUUUCUUCUCUUCUUCCUCUCUCCGUACACAUAAACAGCCCGUUCAUUCCCUCGUCCCACUUUUUCGAGCCCAGCCUCCCGACUUCCCUUCUGUAUAACCAACAGCAUGAAUAGUACCUGACCUUCACGAACGAGGGAGGGGGAAACCAGAGAAACUACUCCAUCACGAUCCCUCCAGCCCUCCUCCAGCCCUCCCUUGAUCUUGGCACUCCGAGGCAGGCCAGCAGACUAAACCCACUGGCCAGUCUAGUCUUAUAGCACGCAGGGAGGGUUUUUAAUCUGAAACCCCAAAUUAAAUUAACGUCUUUCAGAGCCUACAUUCCCCCAUUUUUUAUUUUUUUUUUUAUUUAACCCUCCUCAUUUAAUCUUCACCAUUCCUUCCGUUCUUCCCUCGUUCCUCUUCCCUCCUUCCUAACAUCUCAGUACGUUCUCUCACCCUCCUCUCUCUAGCGAGUUAAUGCACUUAUAUAGUUGUCCAUCCCUUCUGUUUUGGCUUUUCUUAGUGUACUGGCAAAUGGCUGGUUUUAUUCCACUUUAAACAAAACAAAAGAUAAUUAAACUGUCCGUUUAUUUUCAACAAACACUGUGAUGUUUAGUUUUUCCUCCACCCGCCACCAGAUCCUCAUUCGAUGGCAAAAAAAAGAAAAACAAAAAAACAAUAUUCAGCUGGGAGUUUGGACAUCAGUGCAAUUCUGCUGAGGUUUAUACAGAAGGGUCCUCCUACAAGGCUGUAUUGUGACACUGACAAAUCUAAAAGCAAAAGCGUUUUACCUGCUGUGUAAUCAAACACUUACAGUUUUUAUUGUUUUUAACUCUGACGCCGAGUUUUAUUUGACACCAUUCUGCACAUUUCCAGUUCGGAGCUAAAAAAACUGAUUUGACACGUUAUUAAAAAUGAAAACAUUCCAUCUCAAUGUUUAAGAAAAUUUUGGACCUUGUCACAACAAACGGGACCUGCCUGCUUCCUCGGCCCCACUUCCUGUCCAGGUGCUGUCGACCGGCUGUCCCUAAACGUGUUCCCUCAACAUGUUCCAUUUCGCGAUUGCUUUUCUCUCUUUCUGUGUGUGUGGAUAACAAAUCAAACUCUCCUUUCCGGUUUUUGAAAACUGUAAAAUUGUAAAACAUUUUUAGAGCUUAACUGUAAAUCUGUCUUUUGGAAAACAAAACGGUUUGUUGAUGUUGUUCGUUAACACCUGCUUGCAAUGAAAACCUUAAAGCCGUUACAGUCAGCUGCUGUUUUAUGCUUUGGCAUUUUGUUUGGUACUUCCUCCCCUCCCUCCCCCCUCUUUAUGCCCCUUAACUGCUUGUACUGACUAAAGACUAGGAAAAAAAUGCAUGCCAUCACCAUGUAAAUGUACUGCAAACAUCGAGUGGGGAGUUUUGUGCUCUGUGGAUGGACACUUAAACUUCCUGCUUCCUCAUCUCCCAAUUAUGAACAGCAGUUGUGGCAGCAAUGUUGAUCUUUAAUCUUGAUUGGCUGACUGCUUUGAAAACAAAAGUUGAGCCACAAAAGUUAAUUGUUGGCCUUGAAAACGACCUAAAAAAAAACUAAAAUCGAGUUUCUGGAGCUUUGAACUACGACUUUAGACUUUGAGUAACAACUGCAAGAAACCAACCCCAACAAUUCAGGUCAAACCCAGCUGACUUGCUCAGCUGUUAAAUUUCAAAUUGGAAAAAAGACAAGGAAGUCGUGAUUUUUUAAGUGUCACCGCAGGCAGGUGCUUUGCAGGAGUCAAAUCUCCCAGCAGCCAAUCAGCCAAUAAUCCGUUUGUGGAAACGAGAACCUGUAGUUUGGAUCACGGCUAAAGUUUUCAGACUAGAGUUCGUAAACGCACCUCUCCAGUCGACCUCUUAGUUCUCUGUCGACCUUUCGGCUGCAUUUUGGAAACACUCAGCAGUCAACGGUACCUUUUCCCAGCUCACGUUCAGGUCUGAUCUUUCACAGGACAUUCAAUUGAACUGGCAAAAAUUAGGCUCCAUGUUGGUUUCUCUAAAUGGCAAAAUGCUAUUUUGUUCAAAUGCAGUUCAAAUCCCCAACCUCUUUUUGGUCCCAGAUUUUAAGAAAUAUCAGCUGACCAGAAUGCAGUACUGAGAGUGUGACUGAAGGCCCUCUUUGUCUUCAAAAAAUAAUAGAUAGUCGAGUAAAAAAUUCUUCCCUCUCCACUCAGUGUCACAAUAACCUUGUCAUUAACCAUCUCGACAUUCCACUCUGUAGGUGUAGAAAAGUCAUGUGUCUCAAUGUUUUGGGGUUUUUUUUUCCAUUUGCUGAGGACAAAUGUUUUCAUGCACUGAAGUUUAAAAGGUAAAAAAAAAAUCCUCCCUGCCGCUCUUUUUCUCGUUAGCUGAACAAAAAGGCAGUUAUUCUACGCUUUCUAAGGAAAAAAAUGAUCCCAUGCAGUAGUGAAUGUGGCACCGAGCCUGUCUGUAUAUCUGGUAUCUCAAAUCAUUUUGUUUUUACUGACCAGUAUUCUGCUUAAAAUAAAAAGGAAAAAAAAUUACCCCUAAAAAAAAAAAAAAACAACAAAAAAAAAGGUUUGCUUCUGUGACGGUUUUAUUGCUUAGCGCCAUGUGGUUGUGAAAAUUUAGACUUAGCUUAAGAACACCAAUAAAAACAAGAAAAUGACCAAAAAAAAUCCCUUCAGCACCUUCCCCUCUCACCUGGUUAUUGACGUAAUACUAGAUUUGUGUAUGUCUUUUAAAAAAACAAAUAAAAAAAAUCCAACUCUAGUUUCACCUUACGUGUUAUAAACGGGACAAAAUGUAAAAGACAAUUUAAAAUGAAAUAAAGGUUUUAUCAGUUCAGAA